AUGGCGAAACUUGGCGAUGCGUCGAAUCUUUCUAUUCCAAGUGUACCAUUGACUGAUCCCAUACGUUUAAGAACUGACUGUGAUAUUGAUUCAGAUUUUCCACCCAAACCGGAACUAUCAUCUCAAUUCAUUUACGAUUAUUUCUUUCAAAAGUAUCCGAUGAAAGAUUUCUACCAGAAGUUUUUUAUCGGUGCUGUAUGUCCACUUGGUCUCGAAUGUAAUGGACGAAAUAUGAACUAUUAUGAUAAUAAAAUUUUCAUGAAGAAUCUACUUGAAAACUUCAUUCCAGAUCAUAUUGAUCAACAAAUCAAUCUUGGUUGUUCGAGAAAAGUUGCUAUUUGCCUUGGCGAAGGUAUCAAUUAUUCAACAUUAGAUAAAUUAAACAGCGAAUAUCAUUUUUUCAAGAAAAUUCUCAAAGUUUCACACCCACGAUAUAUUAUGCAAUAUAAACGCAAGCAGAUUAACGAUUACGUUCAACAGUAUAUCGAUGCAUGUCAUUUAGCAUUAAAACUUGUUUCGAAAUAG